AUGACUUCGACAAAGGCGGAUCUUCCUGCUCAGAAUCGCGCCGACAGCAAUGGCAUGGGUCUGCCGAACAUCAUGCCGAGUCAUCCACACGCCCCUUCCGUGUCCGCAUCUGAAUCGGAUUCCGGGGAAGACGAUCGAGACGGCUCCAGGAAACGGAAGAGGCCGAUGAAUGUCACUUGCGAGGCUUGCAAGCAAAGGAAGGUCAAGUGUGAUCGCAUCCAGCCUGCGUGCGGAUGGUGUACUCGCAACGACCACCCAUGCGAAUACAAAGAACGCAAAAAGCCUGGCCUUAGAGCUGGCUACGGCCGCGAGCUCGAGGGGCGACUUGAUCGACUAGAGUAUCUUCUCCAUGAGCAGGGUCGUCAAUUAGCUGCUCAUCUAGCAGAAGCAUGCAAUAUCACUACGACGUCUACGGCCACUCCCACCAUCCCAAAACAGAACGGUCCAGGCAUCAUGCCCGAGACUCAACGCAGGGCCUCUUUCGAUCUUCAAUCGUCCACUUUCGCUAGCGAUGCCGCUCAUGCUCAGCCAGUUAUCGAUCCCAAGCUACACUCCUCAGCGUCUCGCCACGGAUCCUUGCAAUAUCAAUCAGACCAGACUAUUCUGCCGCCACAGAGUCAUCGUACUCCAUCAGUGCAUUCCCAUCCCAUGACUUCACCGCAUUCUACAAGCGCAUAUCAUGGAACCCAAAUUUUCAAUGAGCAUGCUACCCUGUUGCCUCCGUAUGAUCUCUUGUACUCGCUUGUCGAUCUGUAUUUCAAGCAUGUCAACAACUGGCUGCCCUUGCUAGACAGAAAGACAACCCUUGACACUCUCUUCGGGCCAUCGACCUUAGACGAAUCUGACCGUGUCCUUUUGCAUGCUAUUGUUGCAACAACCCUUCGGUUUUCUCAGGAUCCCCGACUAACACCCGAGAGCUGUCGGCAUUACCACGACACAUCAAAACAGCGCGUUCAGUUGUUUGGUCUUGAGAAUUCAAACGUCAGGGGGCUUCAAGCGCUUGUGAUUCUGGCCCUGGAUGUGACUGGGAGUACCAAUGGACCGCCGGCCUGGAAUUUGUUGGCACUGAUUAGCAGAAGCAUGGUGCAGCUCGGCCUCGCAGUAGAAUCAGGGUCAAGCCUUACUUCACCAAUGUAUCCAUCGAUCGCGACAUUGAGGGCAUCAGUUCUGCCAGACCCCAGGAACUGGGUCGAAGACGAAGAGAGGCGGCGACUGUUCUGGGCGGUCUACCUACUUGACCGAUACGCAACUAUAGCAACUGCAUUCGAGUUCGCCCUGGACGAGAAAGAGGUUGACCGGCGCUUGCCAUGUAGAGAUGACCUCUUUGCGGCGAACAAACCCGUCGAGACUCGAUGGUUCCGACCUCCCCAGCGGCCUCGUUACACCACAGGGAUGGCCGACACCCAUGGUCACUUUUCGUAUCAUUGUGAGCUGAUGGCUAUUCUGGGACAGAUCCACCAGUUCCUGAAGCGGCCCAUUGACAUUGGGUCUCUUUCCGAUGUAGAACAGUGGCAGGGCUCAUAUCGCGCCUUGGACAGCGACCUCAACGCCUGGCAUUUCAGUCUCCCUGACGAGUUCGCCAACGUUACUCGGUUGCUCAAAUCCAACGUGCCAGCUAAAAAUACCAACUGUGGCUGGAUAAUGCUCCAAGCAGCCUACUGUUUGACGGUCAUUCGGUUGAAUUCCUCCGCAGCAUACCCUAGCCAGACCUCACAAAUCUUCUCUUCUUCUUACAGUGCCAUGCAACGCUGUCUAUCCGCAGUAGAAAACCUCAGGCUGCUCUGCCGGUUUGUCAAGCUCAGUGGUCUGUUGGAAAAGCUUGGGCCCCCCUUUGGUUUCGCGAUAUGGGUUGGUGCUCGUGUUAUGCUGGUCCAUGGAUCCACGAUGGAUCACGAUGUGGACCCCGACAUUGAUUUUUUCGUCACGACCCUCGCCGAGAUGGGUGAGCAUUGGCUGGUCGCGAAGAGGUACAGUGAGAUUCUGAGUAGAGUUUUGGCAGAGUACCGACAGUCGCAGCGGGCGAGCGGCAUGACAGGGGAGAUGAUGACCCCGUCCAGCGUGAAAAUACUUGCCGACAUGCGCCGCUGUGCCUAUGACCUUGACUUCCUGAUCUCCCGGCAGCCGCAUGCCGCAGCAGUCAAAUCCUAUCACCCCACCCGGGCCAAUACACCGGCUCAAAACGAACUUGAGUAUCUUGAUGUAUUCGAUCUAUUCAACUUUCCACGUUUGCCCGUGGGUCAGGAAACCCUGGACCAAGUGAACGGACACGGGAUAGGCUCUGCUGCGACCCCGGAGCUGGGGGCGAUGAACGCAUCAAUGGUCCCCAGCUUCACGGUACCCAAUCCAGAAGCAGAUUGGCUUUUCCGAACUAGCUAG